CUGUCUCUCUCUCUCUCUCUGUCUCUCUCUCUCUCUCUCUCUCUCUCUGUCUCUCUCUCUCUCUCUCUCUCUCUCUCUCUCUCUCUCUCUGUGUGUGUGGGUGUCUCUCUCUCACUCUCUGCUCUCUCCUGUUCAACCUGCUGGUAUCACCAGAGGCAGCAGAGAUGCAGAGAAAACACAGCGAAGCGGCUCUAACGUUGAACUCUACAUGAUACUGACCCGCAGUGUUUGAUAAUAGACUUUAUCUACAUCUCUGUUUUCAAAGUCCUGGAUCUGUAGGGGGGGAUGGUGUCGCCUCCUGAAGCCGGAUAGACAGACGCAGAGGCCGGCGGCAGGGAGGGCUGGAGCUGGCUGGAGUUUAAAGCCAGGACUCCUGCGUGAAUCUCGGCCUCCGUGCAGGAUUUUAUCUGGACCUAUACCUGGGUUAUCUUGGUGGCUUUUCAAAGGACCCUGCUGUUGAUGUGAACUGUACGGGUUCUGGGUGUGCUCGGUCCUGAAUGCCCCGGAGGCCCGGAGGAGCUGAGACUGCGGAGCCCCGGAGCAGGGCUCGGACACCGUGAAGUAGAGGAGGAGUUUGUCUUUCUGAUUGGACCAUCCCAUCAUGAACCCUCUCAACCAAAUGAAGGCUGGACUGAACAACAACCCACACGGCGAUGGCUCCUACCCCUACGACCCCUCCAGCUGGCAGCAGCAGACCAAUCAGCCCACAGGAUCCCUCUCCGUUGUGACCACCGUCUGGGGAGUGACCAAUCCCUCGGCCAGCCAGGGUCUUGGUGGAGGUGUGAUGGGACCAGGUGCAAACCAAGGAGGAGGGCCUAUGAUGCAGGGCCCCGGGGGUCCAGGCAUGGCUGGAGGACCCGGAGGCUACAUGGGCCAGCAGGGCUACGGAGAGCCCAGCAAAGGCUACAUGAACCAGGGCAUGUACGGACGGCCGAGUGGGGGCUAUGCCGGAGGACCAGGCGGGUACACGGGGAGCUACCCGUCGAACCCCGGAGGCUCCAGAGGAUCAGCUGACUUCACUCAAGCUGCCGCCGCCGCCGCUGUGGCCGCCGCUGCUGCCACGGCAACGGCCACCGCCACAGCAACCGUCGCUGCCAUCCAGGAGAAGCAAAACCAGGAAAUGAAUUACGGACAGAUGGGUGGUUCAGCCUAUAAUAACCAGUUCAUGGCUCACUCCGGCCCCCGCGGACCCCCUGGCAUGGCACCUGGAGGAAUGGGACCUGGGCCUGGACCUAACAGAGGCCCUCCUUCGAUGGGCCCCAUGUACGGACCUGGUGGUGGCCCCCAAAGGGUCGCCCAGCAUCCAAACUAUGGCCCUGGACCACAACAGGGCCAUCUGAGGCCUCCUCAGGGACUCAAACGGCCCUACAGCUCUGAAUCUUACCCGGGGAUGCCUCAGCAGUACGGCGUCCCGGUCGGCUCUUCUGUGAAUGUGAUGCCUGGUUCUGGUGGUGGUUCGAUGCCAGGCUCAGGGGGUGGUGGUCACGGUGGUCCCGGCCCUUACGCUGGCCCCGGCAUGCAGUACCACCCAGGUCCUGGUGGUCCAGGCUCCGCCCCUCAGCGCUCUGGCGCCUCCCCCUCCUACCAGACUCACAAGAUGCCCCUACAACAAUACCCCCCGUCUGGACCCCCCAACUCUCAGUAUUACAAGGACCAGUUCAAUGGUCAGGGUGGAGGUUUGAACGCUCUGACAGCAGGGGGCGCCGGCGGUGUUUAUAACUCCUUCAACCAACCCUCUGGGCCGGGUCGAGGGUUACCAGGUUACCCUUCCUCUCCUGUUCCUGGAAACCCGACCCCUCCCAUCACCCCCAGCAGCUCCAUGGCCCCGCCCUACAUGUCGCCGGGCAACACUGACGUCAAGCCGUCGCCUGCUUCCUUCCUUCCCGACAUUAAACCCAACAUGGCCGGUCUGCCGCCUCCUCCUCCCACAGUAAGUCGGGUCCGCUGUGAGGUCCCAGGAGGUGUGUCAGUGUCUGACUGUAUGGACUUCCCGCCGACAGGUAACCCCAGCGACGACCUGCGGCUGACCUUCCCGGUGCGUGACGGCGUUGUUUUGGAGCCGUUCAGAUUAGAGCACAACCUCGCGGUUAGCAACCACGUCUUCCAGCUGAGAGACUCGGUCUACAAAACGCUCAUCAUGAGGCCGGACCUGGAGCUCCAGUUCAAGUGUUACCACCACGAGGACCGACAGAUGAACACCAACUGGCCUGCCUCCGUUCAGGUCAGCGUGAACGCCACUCCUCUCACCAUCGAGCGAGGCGACAACAAAACUUCCCAUAAGCCUUUGUACCUGAAGCAAGUGUGUCAGCCGGGCAGGAACACGAUCCAGAUCACCGUCACUGCCUGCUGCUGCUCUCACCUGUUUGUGCUCCAGCUGGUUCACCGUCCGUCGGUGCGCUCGGUGCUGCAGGGGCUGAUGAAGAAGAGGCUGCUGCCUGCAGAGCAUUGUGUCACUAAGAUUAAGAGGAACUUCAGCAGCGGCUCCAUCCCCGGGACCCCUGGGUUAAACGGAGAGGACGGCGUGGAGCAGACCGCCAUCAGAGUCUCGUUAAAAUGUCCCAUCACGUUCCGCCGCAUCCAGCUGCCCGCCAGAGGUCACGACUGCAGACACAUACAGUGUUUCGAUCUGGAGUCGUACCUGCAGCUGAACUGUGAGAGAGGAACGUGGAGAUGUCCUGUGUGCAAUAAAACAGCUCUGCUGGAGGGUCUGGAGGUGGAUCAGUACAUGCUGGGGAUCCUCAUCUACGUUCAGAACUCGGAGUACGAGGAGAUCACCAUCGACCCGGUGUGCAGCUGGAAGCCGGUCCCCGUGAAGCCGGACAUCCACAUAAAGGAGGAGUCGGACGGUCCCGUGUUGAAGCGCUGCCGGACACUCAGCCCGAGUCACAUGGUCCUGCCCAGCGUAAUGGAGAUGAUUGCAUCCCUAGGCCCCUCCUCCUCCUCCCUCGCCGCCGCCUCUGCUGCCUCCGCCUCCUCCCCGAUGCCCUACUCCUCCCUGUCUGGAGGGGGCAGCAAUAACAGCAGUAACACACCAGACUACCCUGGACCAGCUCCGUCCUAUCCAAGUCAGUCUGCUGGUUUCUCAGACUUCAGCGGUCCUGGGACUCCGGGGGUCGGGGGGGACUUCUCCUCCCCCGGUCCGCCCCCCCUCUCCUACCAGUCCGAGCUCUCUAGUGCCCUCCUCACCCCUGAGAAACCUCCUCCUCACCCGCUGGCUGGACAGAUGGGCCGUCUGGACUCCUCUUCCCAUGGUGCACCUCUCUCACAGCAGCAGUCGCAGGCCCUCCACAACUCCCAACUGGGGGGCGGCAACCCAAUGAUGCAGCGCGGCAACCCGAAUCCCCGUCUACAAGGGGACGGCUCCUUUGGUCUCGGGGGUCCUUCGGAUGUUCCGGAACCUUCUCUGGAUCUGCUUCCCGAGUUGACCAACCCUGACGAGUUGCUGUCGUACCUGGGACCUCCAGACCUCCCGAACAACAACAACGAUGACCUGCUAUCGCUGUUUGAGAACAACUGAAUACACACACACACACACACACACACUGACGCACACACACACACACUGACGCACACACACCUACAGAAUGAGACUUUACUGUAACAUAUGAACUCUUCUCUUCUCCUCGCGGGUCGGCGUUGGACGGAGCAGACGAUCAGAAGGAAACUUUUCAAACUCUUGAUGUGUGACUAUGAACUUGAUGGUAUUUUGUUUUUUAUCCUCUGAAACUGUAUUUUGAUGCUUCAUCCUUCAUUCCCUGUCCACAAAAUAUUUAAAGAGACCACCAUGCUGCUUUCUUUAAACACACACACACACACACACACACACACACACACACACACACACACACAGACACAGACACAGACACACACACACACACACACACACACACACACUCACACACACAGUCACCGCUGAGCCUCUCCACAUCACGCGUCAGAUUUUACGAGGAGAUUCAGACAGCUUUCAUACCGAAGUGGAGAGAUGAACCGAGGGGCUCAGCAGUGACUGAGUUUGUAUUUAAAGAGCCAUGUGGUCUUCAAGAAGCUGAAUAUUUCUGCUCCGUGAGUUUUAAAUGUGUUGGUAUAAAGUAUAGAAGGAGAGCUCUAAAGGAGCGAAGGUGACGAGGAAGAACUGUGGAGUCUGAAGGAGUGGAGAGACCACGUUUACACUCGGCCACAGCGAGGAGCUUUAACUGUGAGAGUCGUCUGAAAAUCAUGUUUCUUCUUCUGUGGUAAUAUUUUUAGCAGAACAAAAGAGAGACAGAAUGAACGAAGAGAGAGUGAUGAGGUUUCUUUAAUCUCACGCUUCAAUCGCAGAGAAACACGACACGUCCGGUGUGUCCGAGUGUUUGAGAGUCAGAGUUUCACUUCAACUCCAACACCUCCUGGAUUAACCCGGUCGGUUAAUCCACACAGAUUAAUGACUCACUCUGUGGAUGAAUGAUUGAUUCUUUUAUAACCAGCAGGAGAGCGUUUGCAAACUCUCUGACACAAAGCAGCCAGAGGUGACAGGAGUUAGAGAUCGACCAGAGAAAUAACAACCAUCAUGAAAAAGAGACGACCUGCUGCCGGACCGUCUCGUGGUUUUGACUCUUACUUGAGUCAUGAUGAUCCGGUUUAAAGGUGUGUCAUGUUUCCAUCUGCUGGAAACGUCUCACUCAAGCAAAGUUCAGAUGAAAGUACGGUGGCUGGGAAGUGCAACGCAAAUUUACGAAAUCAGAAACCCUUUUAAAGAGACGGAACACUUCUACAAGUCCUGGAACAAAUUUACAAACAGCAGACUCUGACGUAAAAGGAAUGUACCAAAUACAGGAAGUGAUCGAGUGAUAAUCCCUAUUUUUCGAAUUUUUGAGGGGCUUUUAUUUUGAAAGGACACAAACUGUGAUUGGCAGGACAAACACCGCCAAAACAAACCACUCGCUUCCAGAUCACUUCCUGUAUUCGGUACAGAAUCUGUAACUGAAAGAUUUUCAAAAUAAAAGACGUCUGCGAUAUGAAAACGUGGAACAGCCAGGGAAUUAAUAUAUAUGUGACACUACCAAAACAUUUAGGAGUAGACCAGAAACUGUAUAAAUAAUGAAUGUAUCUGUGAUGUCACCCAUCUGUUCAUGAGUGCUGUUUUGAACCAGGCGGCAGUGGCAGCCAUAUUCGAAAUGCUGAACUCAACCAGUCAAAGUGUGACGUAAAGAGGCGGAGUUUGAGCCUCCUAGCCAACAGCUAUGUGUUCCCGCCUGUAAGUCAGUCAUGUCCUUAUUUGGGAAAAACUCCUAAUCUUAAUAUCUUCUGAUCCGUCGCUUUAUAAAAAAAAUCACUCACGUAAACAUGUUUAUUUCUGCUGUAAAGAUCGUCUUCUUUGAAUGGGUGUGUAUGUGGUUUCCUGUGUUUCUGCAGCCAGCCUCUAGUGGACACUCAUGGAACUGCAGUUUAUAACACUUCUGCAUGGGCUUCAUAUUUUGAGACCGGAGGAUGCCGCUUGGUUUAGACUGAUAAGAGAACACCUCAAAAUGUGUUCCUGCCGAUCACAGCUAUGUCUGAUUUGGAAUUUCAAAAUAAAAUCCUUUGAAAAUUUUGCAUGUACAUUUAUUUUGAAAUUUCAAAUCAGAUAAAGCUGUGAUUGGCAGGAACACAUUUGGAGGUGUUCUCUUAUCAGUCUGAAUCAAAAUAUUUGGGUGCAAACAGGGUUGUUAAUGUCAAAUAUAUUUUAAUUCCUGGAUUGUUGCACAUUUUCAUAUUACAGACGUCUUUUAUUUUGAAAUAAGUUGACUCAUUCCUUUUCCAGUAGAGUCUACUGUUUGUUAAUUUGUUUCAGGACUGGUAAAAAUGUUCCUUUUAGUAAAUUUACAUUGCACUUCCCAGCCACGGUAAAAAAGAGCAGCGUUCAAAUAUUAAAGAUGAAGUGUUGAAGAAAGAAAGGAUAAAAGAAAGAGAGAGAAGAUGAACUCUGCACGUUGUGUUUCUCUUGGCCUGUGGCUGAGUGUAAAUCAUCAGGCGUGUGAUGUGUAUCGGGGCCAAAGGUGACGGCGUGUGGUCGGCAUGGUCUCUCCUGCAGUCGAGUCUUUAAGGAAGGAUUUGAUGGAGGACUCUUUGAGGCAGCGCUGAGACCAAGAGAGGGAAUGAAUGACAGAAUGUGAGUUCCUGCCUCAAACUGUCGUCCUGAGAUCACAGAGCUCUACGAGAAGUUUGUAUAUGUAAUAAUAACUGAUGGUUCAUCUUCAUCCUCCUCCUCCUCCUCCUCCUCAGUCUUCUGUAUGUUGUAAAGUGAGUCGAGUCCAGACAGUCGUGGUGUCUCCGUGUCCCAGUGAGUCCGCCAGCUGCUGGAGCAAAUAAAACUGUACAUGAUCACACUGUAUGAUUCAGUAAUGAUGCUAAUAACAACAACAAUAAUAUUAAUAAUUAUAAUAAUAAUAACCUUUGUAAUUUAAUAAACACACACUGGAAAGACA